AGACAUCUCUCUGCUACCACCACCAUGUCUCCGUAUACCACUCGUCUCAUCGGCGCUCCCAACACGCUCGAGCACCGCGUUUUCCUUGAGCAAAGCCCUCAGGUCAUCUCGUCGUGGCACGAUAUCCCCUUGUUCGCUGACAAGAAUAAUGGCAUUCUCAACAUGCUCGUCGAGAUCCCUCGUUGGACCAACGCUAAGAUGGAGAUCUCCAAGGAGGAACCUUUCAACCCCAUCAAGCAGGAUAUCAAGAAAGGUCGUCUGCGCUAUGUUCGCAACUGCUUCCCUCACCAUGGUUACAUCUGGAACUACGGUGCUUUCCCUCAGACUUGGGAAGACCCCGUUCAAGUCCACCCUGAGACCAAAGCUAAGGGUGACAACGAUCCUCUCGAUGUUUGCGAAAUCGGUGAGCAGGUUGGCUACGUUGGUCAGGUCAAGCAGGUCAAGGUCCUCGGUAUCAUGGCUCUCCUCGACGAGGGUGAGACCGACUGGAAGGUCCUCGUCGUUGACGUCAACGACCCUCUUGCGUCCAAGUUGAACGACAUUGAAGAUGUUGAGCGUCACCUCCCUGGUUUGGUUCGUGCGACCAAUGAGUGGUUCAGGAUCUACAAGAUCCCCGAUGGCAAGCCCGAGAACCAGUUCGCUUUCUCUGGGGAGGCCAAGAACAAGAAAUACGCUACUGAAAUUAUUCAUGAAUGCCACGAAGCCUGGCGUCGUCUGGUUACCGGCGAAAGCCCAGCUAAGACUCCCUCUUACGACCUUUCCAUUCGCAACCUUACCAUACCCAACUCUCCCGGAUACACUAGCAAGAGCGACCCCGUCUACGCUAGCUUGCCUCCCGACUCCAGGAAGCCCCCCGCACCCGUCGAUGCUGCUAUUUCCAAGUGGUUCUAUAUCUCUUCCGCUCAGGUCUAGGUCCAGCGGGUUCGUUAUAAUUAGGGUUGAAGACUGUCGGACCUUUCAUAGACAUUUGAGGGACUUCAUGGAGAAUAUAUCAGACAUUCUAAGAUGCAUCACAAAUGUAACAUGGGAUGUGCGAUGUUCGUCAGGUUUGAUGUGAGGGAAAUAAGAUAUAAAUACAAAGAUGAGGAGUUCAUCAUGCAAGAUAUCGAAAGCAAGAGCAAAAAUUAUGCGAUGAAAACUAUGCUGGGUGUGUGCAAACUGUUGUCUAGAUGUUGAGAUGACUAUCUCGAUUUUUCCAUACUACCGUCCUGUACUGGAGGGUACCUGCAGUAACGAUCUGAAAUGAAAGUAACAGUCCAGGUGCC